AUGCCCCUCAGCCAGGCCGACGCCGACAUGUCCAACGGUCAAGAUGGUCACGCCCACCCGCCGGCGUCCCUGAAGAAGGGAAAGCAGAAGAAGGCGGUCGACUCGAACGAGUCUGCAAAGCUGCUCGCGCAACGCAUCUCGCAGCUAGAGCAAGAAUCAGCUGGAGAGAAGGAUCAGGAAGCUGAGAUUGGUGCGUACCGCCUCCCAUCGUGCCUUACCCCUCCUGGAGGCCGGAGGGGCCGAGUCGCGCGUUUGCCCAAGUCUGCGAAGGUCAUGGCCACGAUGAUCACGGUCACGGUCAUGGUCAUGGUCAUGAUCAGGCGCAGGCGGGAGCCUCUCGUGCUGGCGGUCAAGCGUGCGAACCGCGAUUUGGCCCAACAGGUGGCAAAGAUGAGCGAUCUGCAAAAGAUUGAGCACCUCACCCGUCGGUCCAGCGAACUGCUAGCCGACAUGCGCCGUGUGGAGCGCGAGAACCAGAAGAACAAGAAACGUGGAGACGCCCUGCAAAAGGAAAAGGAUGCGAAUCGCACCGAGCUGAGCAAGACGGUCGGCCUGAAGGAGAAGCUCGAGAAGCUCUGUCGCGAACUGCAGCGGGACAACAACAAGUACAAGAACGAGAACAAGACCCUCCAGGACAACCUGAAGCACAACAGCUCUGCGUACGAUGAGAAGCACGCGGCCCUGCUUGCCAAGCUGGAGGGGAUUCAAGAAGAAAAGGACCAUCCGCGGAAGCAGGUUGUGGACAUGAGCGUUGACACCUUAUUCAAGAACCGGUUCAAGUCCUUCAUUGAGCAGUACGAGUUGCGUGAGCUGCACUUCCACUCCACGAUGCGCACCAAGGAGCUGGAGGUGCAAUACAACAUGGCGCGCUACGAACGAGAGAAGAAGCUCGCAGAGGCCGAGUCGACGAGAGCGCGGAAUCUCCAGGCGCAGGUCCAGACCUUUACCAAGACGGAGACGGAGCUUCGGAAUCAACUCAACGUCUACGUUGACAAGUUCAAGCAGAUCAAGGUUGAGGACACGCUCAACAACAGCAACGACCUCUUUCUCACGUUUCGGAAGGAAAUGGAGGACAUGUCCAAGAAGACGAAGCGGCUGGAGAAGGAGAACGAGACGAUGAAGCGCAAGCACGAGGCAACGAAUGCCAACAUCAUCCGCAUGGCCGAGGAGCGCGAGGACUGGCGCAAGAAGGCGGCCGAGGCGAUCAAGAGAGCCGAGAAGCUUAGGAGCAUUAUCGAGCAGAUGCAGCAGCAGGGCCGCAAGGUUCCGCCCGGAGCAGCGGCGACACUGGAGAGUUGCUACUCGGACAGCAACGGCCACAUGGACGGGGACGGCAGCGACUACUCGGACGAGGAGGAGGAGGGCGAGGAGGAUCCGAGCGAGUUUGACGAUGAUACGGAGGAGGAGCCCCAGCCUGGAGAGCCAGAACCCCCCAGACCCUACGGUCCAGAGAGACCACCAGUACCCCAAGCUGCAACGAACGGCCACUAG